UCUACUGAAGAGGUUUUAGAAUGUCAAUCUCUUGGAGAAAGCAAAGAGUCUACCUUCAUUUUAAGUUAUCAGCUCGCACAAGACUUGGGCAGAGCUUUCUCAGAACGAGCAAUAUUAAAAACGUUCAUGGAGGCACAGUCAACUUUACCAGCUGGUUCAUUGAAGGAUGUCUUAGGACUGUUGAGAUCGUUGUAUGCUGCGAUAUGUGUGGAUGAAGAUGCUUCCUUUCUUCGAUAUGGCUACUUGUCAACAGAGAAUGCUUCUGCAGUGAGGAAAGAAGUGCCAAAACUCUGUGCUGAACUUCGCCCGCAUGCACUUGCCUUGAACAGGGAUAGGUGUGUGGCUUGUGGUGAGUCUGCAGCUAGCAGGCGGAGUCGAUUUUAAGCUGAUGUUGUGUUGUUUCAGCUUCUUGGUGUAGCAGCCGAUGAUGUAUUUUGUUUUGCUUGGUUGUUUUUGCACACUCUAACUCUAGUCGGAUUGGGACCUUGUAUAUAUUUAUAUUCUAGAUCCUAUAUUUAUAUACUCGUUCUUU